CUUUGCCUAACGUUGCAAGAAGCAUUUGCAGUGUAACACAGACUGACACAUGCACAGGCGGCUCAGCAUAUGUUACUGCAGAGUUUGUUGAUGUUUAUUGUAGCCUUUGCACAUGCAUAGCUUCUCUCACACACAUUUGCUUGGCUAGAACUACAUAGCAACAAUCUAGCACAGAAACACACGGCAUUUAUUCAAGAUGAUGAAUGGGUUUCCAUCUGAAGAGUUACACCGUGAUACAGGGGGAGAGUUGACCUCUCCUACAACAACAGCAGCAGCAACACCACCAGUGGUGGGGGUGGGUUUGGGUCCCUUGAAUGGUCAGCUCUGCUGUCUUAGAGAUGAAGGGGAGAGGUGCAACCGGCCUGCAGGCAAUGCCAGCUUUAGUAAAAGGAUCCAGAAAAGCAUUUCCCAAAAGAAAGUCAAGAUUGAUUUGGACAAAACAGCAAGACAUCUUUAUAUUUGUGAUUUUCACAAGAAUUUAAUUCAGAGUGUAAGGAACAGAAGAAAAAGGAAAGCGAGUGAUGAUGAUGGAGGUGACUCUCCUGUUCAUGAUACCGAGACACCAGAGGUUGAUCUCUUUCAAUUACAAGUAAAUACACUGAGAAGAUAUAAGAGGCAUUUUAAACUUCAAGCAAGGCCAGGACUAAAUAAAGCUCAGCUUGUUGAAAUAAUCGGUUGCCAUUUCAGGACACUGCCUGUGAAUGAAAAGGACACACUAACAUAUUUCAUAUACUCAGUCAAGAAUGACAAGAGCAAACUAGACCACAAAUCUGAUGGUGGACUUCACUAGAAUUCCUGUGAUAUAAACUUUCAUGGACAAUCUUACAUCUCCACAAGCUUUCCUAUGGGAAAACAUUAACAACAUAAAUUUAGAUUAUUUUUUCGUGUGUGAAUCUUGUAUUUGUUGUCAUGUCUCACAGAUUUAUUUUUUUCUUCCCAAAGCUACAUUAGAGUGCUCUUUCUAUUAUGUAUGUUUGUUAUAACAUUAUUAAAUAUAUUUGUUACCUAGAAUGGCCUAAUCAUGAGGUAUAGGGCACUCAUUUGUUGUAUGACUUAUUCUGCAGAAUGUGCAGUAGAUAUGUACAGAAAUGAUGUUCAUGUUAAUCUAAAAUUGAAAGCAUGCUGCUGUAAUGUUUACUUGAUAUUUGCUCGCUUAGUCCCGUGGCUGCUUUCUUUUAGCAUUAUGUAAGCUUUCUUGCAAACAAGAACAUCAACCUCAACACAAUAUAGCUUUAUUUUAAAGCUGAAAUACCAAGAGAUAACAGGUAGAUCUCCACCAUCUUGUGGAACAGCAAUUGGGAAAAACAUCAUGAACAAAUGAUUUCACAUCUCCAUAAAAGUAAUAGAUUCCAACAGCGCUACUAAAAUGCUGACAUACUGAGCACAACAAAUAACGCAGUUCUCGACUAAAUGGAGAGUUUUUCUAUGGAUUAUCUAUGGAAUAUCAGACCAUGAAGGGGGUUAUUUUAAAUUACAGUUUCAGUGCUGUAUUUAUAUAUAAAACAUAAUUAUAAUUAUAGACAUUUGUAAAUGAUGUGGGAAAGUAUCUCUCUGUUUGAAUAACAUUUGUGUAAAUUUUGUUUUAUUGAGAGCCAAAGCUUAAUUCCAACAUGCCAAGAAUAAGUAAAUAUGUUUUGUAGAGCAUUCAUUUUGCUUCUUUGUAUAGAAAGUAUAUCAAAAUUGCUGUAUAAUAUAUUCUAGAAGUUGCACUUUCCUGAUCCUGGGAUUUUUCACCCCUUAAAUAUUGCUGGCAUGUAAAUGAUAGUGGCAGAGAUCUCUGGACAUACCCUGAAUGUAAAAAAUAGUGAUGGCUUUAAUAAAAUUAAAAAAAAUAAAAA